CAAGGGCUGCCUAUAUAAACAGGGCAGUUUAGCUGCAGGAGGUUAGGUAGUAAUAUUGUCUUGUUGGAGGGUUGUUGAGAACAUCCUGGAGGUAAUGGAGCAAGCUUCAAGGGGACAGGGACCACUAUGCAGAGGCUUAGUGGGGUCACAUAUUCAACAGGCUCUGAUGUUGCCACUCAGCUGUUCUUAAAAGCCUUAAUAGCGGUCAAGAGGCUUUGAAGCAAGCUUGAAAAUUUACUUCUUGGACCCCUAUCUGUGCAGCACCUCAGAAGCAUUCCCUCUGGAACAAGGCAAAGCACUUCAGUCAGGACAGGACUGUAUGGUACAAAAGCACUUCAUUUUAAAGGAGGAUCUAAAGCGAUUCACGUGAACAGUUGUCCAUUCCCAACAUUAUUUCUUGAUUAUUCGUGAUGUUCUUUCCAAUGCAGUGAAUUAGUCUCAGAUGUAACUAAAUGGAGCGUGUUUGCAUGUUAAAAUAUAUUAAUUUCUUGCCUUGUUAGUUCUCCCAGUGUCCUUCCUGAGCAAGCCUCAAAUUGUAAAAGUAGCCCAUUUUGGAUUUCUGCCCUUAAGGGAUGUUUGACUGAGUCUGGAAACCUCAUAAAUUGUGGAGGUCUCUCAGCUGGGAGAAAUGAUGCAUCUGAAAUGCAUCAGCAUAGCACAUUGACUAUCGAAGCAAUUCUUUGGUCUCCAGAAAGAAGAGAGGAAUCGUAUCGGAGAAUCCAGCUUUUCUUCACCGUUUUAAGCUUUGGGUGCUCUGCAGCGGUGGGCUGUAUACCUGUGGUGGGAAUUCUUUUCCCACUGCCCUGGGAAUUACCCUGACCAGGUUGUUAUCCAUGUGUGCUAAAGGGUUGCCUUGGCUGACAUUGCCAACUUCUUUGCUCCAACCAAAUAGCUGUGUUUCAAGAGCUGUAUGGAAACUUUCUGAUGCCAUGGCAGAUGCAGAAGUCAGAAAUCAAACUUCUGUCACCAAAUUUAUCCUCCUGGGCUUUGAAAUUCUUCCAGAGUUGCGAAUGCUUCUCUUCCUGCUGUUUCUCAUAAUCUACCUUGCAACCAUGGCUGGGAACGUCCUCAUCAUUACGCUUGUUGUAGCAGUUCAGAAUCUGCACACCCCCAUGUACUUCUUCCUGGGGAACUUGUCCUGCUUGGAGACCUGCUAUACCUGUACCCUCCUACCCAGGAUGCUGGCCAGCUUCCUCACUGGAGACGGAACAGUUUCAUUCUCUGGCUGCUUCAUGCAAUUAUUUGUCUUUGGUGUGUUGUUAGUUACAGAGUGUUGUCUCUUAUCCGUGAUGUCUUAUGAUCGGUACUUAGCCAUAUGUAAACCAUUACACUAUGCAGCCCUAAUGAGUGAGAGACUGUGUUUCAAUCUUGCUGCUGGCUCAUGGAUCAGUGGAUUUCUAGUUGUCUCAACCGUAUAUCUUUUCUUGUUACAAUUAAGGUUCUGUGGACCCAAUCAAAUCGACCAUUUCUUUUGUGACUACUUACCACUGAUUAAACUCUCCUGCAGUGACAUCUUUGAGGUUGAACUUGUAGUUUUCAUUCUGGGUUGUAUAGUCCUUUUUCCCCCAUCCCUUUUGACUCUCAUGUCCUAUGUCUACAUUAUCACCACCAUACUGAGAAUCCCUUCUACUACUGGGAGACAAAAAGCUUUUUCCACUUGUUCUUCACAUAUUAUGGUAGUGACAAUUUUCUAUGGGUCUAUAACUAUAGUCUACAUGUUCUCAAGAACCAACACCCUUAGAGCCCUGAACAAAAUAUUCUCUCUUUUCUACACUGUGCUGACUCCCUUAGCUAACCCUCUCAUUUACAGCCUGCGAAACAAGGAAGUAAAGGAGGCUGUAAAGAAAGCUGUCCGUGUUUUCAGAGAUUGGAGGAAAUGCAACCAUUUCUAACCUCUAUUUGCAGGUCCAAGCAAAAUGGAAGUAACAGGAAUCGGAGCUGUGGAAAAUGAAUGGUUCCUGGCCCAGCUGUUUGGGGGAAUAUUAGAAGAAAGAGAAUAUUUAUAGAGUGAUACAAUGCAUUUCAAUUCCUGUUCUAAUGACGGGAUUGUCCUGACAUCAUAGUGUUCACUUUUAAAUUGUUCCGAAUGAGAAGAGUGAAUGGUUUUUGCAGGAUGACGUCUCCGUCCCUCUAGCUAGUAUACCCACAUAUUCUUCAACCGCAAGCUUCCUACACAUAGAUAUCUCCCCAUGUGCAUGAGCUAUUAUCGAACAGUGGCUAAUGUAGUAAAAACCUAGCCUCUUUUACUAAUUGGCCUUGGGCUUAAACCCUAACCCAAAAAAACUAGUUAAUUUGCUCAGAAGAAUGUCAGAAAUGACAUGAAUGCAGCGAAGAAGAGCCUUACUCCAUCUCCAUCUUAGACAAAGAGUUCAUUUGGAAAUAAGUGUUUUACUUAACUCACACCUGACCCUGUGUAGAUUUAUACUGUGGUCUGGUGCAAGAAUGACAGAAUUACUAGUUUAGAGGUUUUCAAAACUUCCAGCUUUCAAGGAGGAUCCCAACACCCUAUGAUUUGAAAGCAGGGACUGUUUUGCAUUAAGGAAGAAUAGGAGACCACAGGAUUAUGCAUAUUCUUCCUGGCUCACAAACAACCUUGCUCUAGAGUUCAUCACAAAAUAAUAAGGUGAAACUUUGCUGUUUCCUAGUUCUCUGUGUGUUCAUUUUGUGGCCAUGUAUACAGCAUUUUUGGCACUUUCUCCAGAGAAUCCCGUUGUUGGGAGUGUACCCCAGUCCAUGGGGAUAGCUAUGCAGCCUAACUAUACCUACAUGGUUGAGCGUGGUUACCGGCUGCCGAAACACAUACACACCCUCCUUCUAUAUAUGUAGUAGGCUUAAGACACCUGCAAACAGUUGGCCAAAACUGUGUUGCCAAAGACCUAACACAGUCAUCACAUGGGUGAGUCCUUAACUGCCUGGGGCUCCUGACAGACCUGUAGAAAGGGAGGGCACCACACUGCUAAACAGGCUCUUGUGACAUAAGAAAGCAGGGAGAUGCAUUUAUAUUUCGAAGUGAGCAGCAGACACUAAGGUAACAUCUUUAAAAGCUGGGAACACUAUAGAAAUGGAAAUAAGGAAGUUUCCCUUUUGGUCCUUUUUGCUUUCUCAAGGAUAUAAACCUUAAUGAAUUGACUAUUUUCUGGUCCACAAGAGAUCUUGUUUAAUCAGGUUUGGAAAGUUUCAGUGAAACAAAGAUAUCUCAAUAAAACCAGUGAGGGGUCAUUUACUGGAAUAUUAAGAUUGGGAUUAUCAGCCAUCUAUCAAUAGCAGUUGUAGGCUAGGGGAAAAUUUGGAAACUUCUAUAUGACACUUUGUGAGCUGUUUGCCAGCAGGACUGUUUGGAGGACCCCCUGCUUUGGAGAACGUGAG